GUUGGUUAUAUACAUGUAGGUAUAGCUUCGAUCUUGCCAUAUCUCAUUUAUUGUUUCUGCCUUGGUACCAAAGUGUGUACUGCUGUCAUUCUCAAUGUGUUUGAAUCCGUGGAUUUGAGAUUUGGAUCCGGUGGGGUUGGUCCCCAGAUAAUAGAUGGCUUGGUUUAGCGGGAAAGUUUCUUUAGGAGGCUUCCCUGAUCUGGCUGGGGCAGUGAAUAAGCUCCAGGAGAGCGUGAAGAAUAUAGAGAAGAAUUUUGAUAGUGCUCUCGGGUUUGAAGAGAAGUCCAAUAAUGAGGGUUCUAGCAGUGAAGCUUCAGGUUUAUGGUCUUCUGCAACUGAGAGGAAAACACUUUUUGAUCCUGUUAUGGCCUUUAUGGGGCAUAGGAAUGAAGAAAAUGCUGUAUUAUCAUCUGUAUUAUCACCAGAAAGAACUGGGUCUUUGGAGCAUCCAUCUAUGGUUGAGGGAGCAGGAGGUGAAAUCGACAGUUUGGCACCUAAACAAAUAACUUCCGAGGAUGAAGAGCAAGUUCCCAAAGUACGAGAAGCUGAUGAACCAGAGCUCGCAGAAGUAGCCAUUAACAUGGUUACAAAUCCAGAUAAAGCUGAGUUCGCCCCUGAUAAUGUUGACUUACCAGGUUCACAAACAAUGUCAACUGAGCCUCCUGAAUUUGCUGCUCAUGAUGUUAGGCUCUCAGAUUCCAUUGACAAUCAAGAGAAAGAUACCUUAGAAGUGGCUCCAUGUAAGGAUCCGGAGUUGGUGGAGGCCAAGCCAGAAUCUGUUGAGGCAGAACAAGUUGGAGCUCUUGUCUUUAUGCCAGAACAGGUGCAUAUUGUUGUUGAUGCACCUGAGGAUGUCGACAAACAUGCGGCAACAGAUAAAGAAGUAGUAGGAGAAAAUUCUCCAGUUAGAGCCGAAGUGUCAAGUGAUAGCUCUCAUGGAGAGAGAAAUGAGUCUUCUGGUUCUCUUUCUAUUGGUAUUGAGGAGGCUGGGCAUGCUCAUGAUAUUUCUUUGCGAAAUGCACUUCCUUUAAAUGAGGCCUCAGAGAUCAUUCCGAAGUCUGUUCCUGAAACUGAUGAAACAAUUGAAGCAGUUGAAGUAGAUCCUCAAACAAAUGAUAGCGAAACAGACGAAGGCCAACAUGUAAGCUCAGCAACUAAUAUACCUGAUUCUCUAGGCCCCAAACUUGAGCUGGAGAAGGCAAAGAAGGAGAUGAAAAUGAUGGAAACUGCAUUGCAAGGUGCUGCAAGGCAGGCACAGGUACUUAAUUUGCAUCUUUACAUGGUAGAUGGUAGUUUGGUAGUUGAUUAAUCAUUUUGGUUUUUU